CCAUAUUAUUAUUCUCUCACUUUGCAUUUACAACAUCUACCAACAUGCAGACCAAUCUCACUUCCCAAUCCUCAAAACGCCGUCGUGUUAUCUUUCUCCUUAUGCCAUUUUCAGCCCUCCUUUUACUCACACUCUUCAUUUCUUCACCCUCCAAAUUUAAAAACACCCCCCCUACACUUCCACUAUCAUCACAAAACAAUCCUUUACAGUUACACAUUCACAGUCACAGACGACUCCAAACUACAACGGCCGUAUUGCACUGCGAAGGUGCACUCUACCACGACCUCUGCGUCUCCACGCUAACGAGAGUCGUACCAGAUCUCACCUCAUCUUCGUUAUCUGAAAUAAUCUCCGCUACAGUGAACGAAACAAUCUCCGACGUCCGAUCCACCGACUUCAACGUCACUAACAUACGCCGGAAACUUCCUCACCUCACUCUCAUCGAGAUCCGUGCACUCGAGGACUGUCACACAUUGUUUCUCGAAACUGUUUCGGAGCUCCGAACCGUCGUGUCGGAUCUGUCGACGUCACCGGCGAAGAAGUAUGACGAUCUCCGUACGAUGCUGAGCGCAGCGAUGACGAAUCAAGCCACGUGUCUCGACGGAUUUGAAGGUAGUAAAAAUCAGGUGAAAAUCAGUCGACAUUUUCGUAAGGCGUUGAAAGGUAUUUCACGACAGGUUAGCAUCUCUCUCGCGUUGUUGAAGAAAAUGAACGGAACGACGUCGUCUGGAUCGUUUUUAAACCACGUUGAAACGACGUCGUCGUUUCCGGAUUGGGUGAAACCGGGAGACAGGCGGUUAUUGCAAGCGGAAACGAAUGUAACAAAUGGAACGAGUGUGACGAGUGGAAUGAAUGAAACGACGACGUAUGAUUUGGUUGUUGCGAAAGACGGAAGUGGCAACUUUACGACGAUUGGUGAAGCAUUGAAUGCUGCACCAAACUCAAGUGCUACGAGAUUUGUUAUAUAUAUUAAAGCCGGUGCGUAUUAUGAGUAUGUGGACGUGACUAACAAGAAGAAGAAUUUGAUGUUUGUUGGUGAUGGGAUUGGGAAGACGUUGAUUAAAGGAAACCGGAAUGUUAUCGACGGCUGGACUACUUUCCGAUCCGCCACACUUAUUGCGGUAGGUGCAAAUUUUAUAAUGAAGGGUAUAACAGUUGAAAACUACGCGGGACCAAGUAAACACCAAGCAGUUGCACUACGGAGCGGCUCCGAUUUCUCCAUCUUCUACCAAUGCAGUUUCAUCGGCUAUCAAGACACCCUCUACGUCCACUCUCUCCGGCAAUUCUACCGCGAGUGUGACAUCUACGGCACCGUCGACUUCGUCUUCGGCAAUGCAGCCGUCGUAUUCCAGAAAUCUAACUUCUACGCCCGCCAGCCCGAACCAAACCAGAAGAACAUGUUCACUGCUCAAGGUAGAGACGAUCCGAAUCAAAACACUGGAAUUUCGAUACUAGAGUGCAAAAUUGCAGCUGGAUCAGAGCUUAUACCAAACCAGUCGAUGUUCAAAUCGUACCUUGGUAGGCCGUGGAAGUUGUAUUCGAAAACAGUGAUCAUGCGGUCGUAUAUUGGAGAUUUGAUUGAUCCGGCGGGUUGGUUGGAGUGGAGCGGUGAUUUUGCGUUGAGUACGCUUUACUACGGGGAGUAUAUGAACAGAGGACCGGGAUCCAAUACAAGUGCUAGGGUUACUUGGCCAGGAUAUAGAGUGAUCACGAAUGAGACAGAGGCCAGUCAGUUUACCGUCGCAAACUUUAUUCAGGGAGGCGAGUGGCUGAACGGUACCGGUGUUCCAUACUAUCUUGAUCUUCAACAGAACUUAACAGUUUCAAGUUGAGUUUGUUAGGGGUGGUUGUAUGCAUACAGAAGUUGCAAUUGCAGAUUGUUGUAGGGAUUUUAGUGAUUGUGUUCGAAUCUCGAUUACAGAAAGAUCGAGUUGUCGAGUAGAUGAACACAAUUUGUACUUCCUCGAAAUUGUUUCAAUAAUUUAUUUGCUAAGGAAGAAACUAAUAAAUUCUUAUUUAUCAAGAUA